AUGGGCUCUUCAGCGUCUAAAGGUGCGCGCGCGGCAGGCGCGUCGACCGUUCGUAAAUACCCAUCUCGUCCUGCUCCUUCGACAACUCGUGCUCCCGCGCCAGCCCCUCCCACGCAUUCCGGUCAUGUUGGACCAACGGUGCACCCGCCACCGCAGGCGAGCGAGACGAAGACAGAGGCAAUUGAUCUCGACGCUCGCGAUCCCCAGUUCGCCUCCCGCCUGAGUUCGAUCGGCGCUGUGCAACCAAACCCGCACUUCUCACAUUCAUCCACAUCGUCCUUCGACCCUCAGCGUAAUACUUCAUCUACACAACCAUCAGAUUCCUACGGAAUGAUGAACGAGCUGCCUCGGUCGGCAUUCCCCGAUCCGGGCAACAAUCCAGCAUUGCGAAUACUGGCCGCUCGCCAAAGAAUACAAGAAGAGGCAGAAGAAGAGCUCGAGAACGUAGGCAGGCAAAGCUUCCGGGGGAGAAAGUACGUAGAUGCCAGCACCAUAACACUAGCCUUGAUGCGCCGGCAGCGCGGCGAGCCAGACUCACGCAUCGAGGAGGCGCUCGGCAUCAAGAAGGGGCGGUUGAGUGCACUUCGACAGGGGAUGGUUACAUCGGUGUAA